AUCAUCCGGCGACGUCAAUAUAAGGUUCAUCAUGUUUCAUGGAAUACCUGCCUCUGGAGUGAUGGGAGGAGCACCUGCCAACAAGCCAGAACUGUAUGAGGAAGUGAAAUUGUACAAAAAUGCCAGAGAAAGAGAAAAGUAUGACAACAUGGCAGAGUUGUUUGCUGUGGUCAAAACACUUCAGGCCCUGGAAAAAGCCUACAUUAAGGACUGUGUGACUCCAAACGAAUACACAGGAGCUUGCUCAAGAUUGCUUGUCCAGUACAAGGCUGCUUUCAAACAAGUCCAGGGAUCAGAUGUGGGCUCCAUUGAUGACUUUUGUCGGAAAUACAGGCUGGACUGCCCACUGGCUAUGGAAAGGAUCAAAGAGGAUCGACCAAUCACCAUUAAGGAUGACAAGGGCAACCUGAAUCGCUGCAUUGCAGACAUAGUUUCUCUCUUUAUCACAGUGAUGGACAAACUUCGACUUGAGAUUCGUGCCAUGGAUGAGAUCCAGCCUGACCUGAGAGAGCUCAUGGAGACCAUGAAUCGAAUGAGCAACAUGCCUCCAGAUUCAGAGGCCAAAGACAAAGUCAGCCUCUGGUUAACCACACUAAGCAGCAUGUCUGCAUCUGAUGAGCUGGAUGACUCCCAGGUUCGCCAGAUGCUCUUUGACCUGGAGUCUGCCUACAACGCCUUUAAUCGUUUCUUACACUCUUCUUAAAUGUUCCUUCCCUCUCUGAGCUCUCUGAACUCUUUUCCACCAGCUUUUUGUUUUUGUUUUUUUAUCAAACCUUUGUUUCAUUUUCCCUAUUUUGCCCAUGUCUUGUAGGAAUGUAGGAACUUUAAAUUCAGUUAGAGUACUGCUUAAUAAGGCUUAUAUUGUUCAGUAAUACAAUCAGGAUUAUAUUAUUUACAGAUUUGAAAAUUAGGAGUAGGAGACUUUUUUUUUAACGUAAAGAGAUUUUUCUAUCACAUGGUAGUCUGAAAGUGUUCUAUAGAAUGGCAAUAGCGAAUACAAUAGCCAACUGAGAUGCAACGAGGGCGUUAUAGGGAGGAGUUUAUUAUAGGCAAAAGAUGAUUGCAUGUGUUGAAUGAACAUAUGAAUUGAUAGUUUAUGGAUCUCAUAAUAUCUUCUAGAACAAGGUCUGAUACUGAACUCUCAGUACUGCAUUU